AGUUUCCUUACGUAGUAAUAUUAUGACUUUCCAGCAGCAACUUCUACCGUUCGCUGAGUCAAGGGAAGGAAAUGAUGCUAGAGCUACUUUGACAGUGAAACGUGAGUCAAUGUUUUAAACGAUUUCAUUUGAAGGAUUUGUUUAAUUAAAACUGCUAUAUUUUUUCUAUUUUGGAGAUGUGGAGUAAACUUUCAAUUUCAUCUAAAAUUAACCGCAUUCGCGACCCAGAAAGUGAUAAUUCUAUAGAAGAUACUCAUGUAGCGAGAGUAAUGAGAAAGUACUACCUUGAAAAGACUGGAAAUUUACCGGAAUGGCUUCGCCCACCAGGAUGGCAGCCUCCAAGUGGAACCAAUACCCCUAUAGUACAAGCAGCAAAUAGCGACACAGAAGGGCCUGCCGCAUCCAACGGACAUUCUUAUUAUUCUCCAAAACCCGUAUCUCGACUGUCUUCUUCGCCUUCUGUUCCCACUCCAUCAACGAGCACACGGAAACCUCCUAUGCAACAUUCGCAUAGUACGUUCGAUGAUCUAUUUGAAGGAGUUGGAAGUCUGCAAAGGUCACAAACUGGCACAAGUGCAGCUUCAUCGAGUGCGGCUAGUGGCCUCUUGAGAUCCAAGCUUGAAUCUAGGAAAAAGCUAUAGGUUUGUUUUUGUGAAAAAGGUCAAAAAUUUGACUUUACCGUGAAUAUUAUCGCAAAAGAAGAAUGUGAAAUCUAUUUUUUGGUAUCAGUGGCCUGUCUUAAUGGCUCGAUACGAUGUUGGCAUACGCUUUACUGGCUUUUUGUACUGGUACUGGUUUAAGAGACCCAAUUUCGAGUAAUCCUUAUGGACGUUGCUUUUUAUGACGAUAUGAUUUGAGAAUGUCUACAAUAUAUUUCUUAACCUCGUACUUCAUCUUGUGUUACGGGGUCCUGAUUGUCUUUUAAUGUUCAUCCAUGACUUUUUUCUCUUUGUUCAAUGAUUUAUAUUAAUGAUUUAUAGAUACAUCAAGAUUGAAAUAGUAAAUGUUGAUUCACUAAAAAUAAGCUAGUAAUUUAUCUCAUUAUAAAACCGUCGAAUUUUAG